AUGUCCGUCAGCGCGCCGAUGCACUGCGCAUUGGCGCCGCCCGCCGUCUCGCCGACAAGGCCCAGCUUCUUGUUCGCUCGCAGCCACGCCGUCGCAUCCUGCAGCCGCUCCCGUCCAAUGGUGCUGCUCACGCACGCCGUCGACGUGCCCGAGCCGUCCGCGUCCAGGUACUGGUGCAUCUCGUACACAAUCUUGUCGGAGGGGUCCGUCAGCCCGGCCAUGCCCGUGGCGGUGCCGCUCGACACCCAGUGCCACGCGCCCGACCACGAGUUGCCCUCGACAAAGAUGUACUGCGACGUGGCCCCCGCGGCGCGGAUGCCGUCGAUGGCGGCCUGGUUGAGCUGCGCGACCAGCGUGUUGUCCAUGUCGUGGUACUCGUUGUUGGUGUCGAAGACUACCUUGGCGUUGUCCUUGAAAUGGGCCGCGACGGUCGUCCACCAGGCCUGGAACCCGGCCGUGUCGGUGAUGACCUGGUCGUAG